AUGUUGUUGUUUGUUUGUAGUUGUUUUUCUUGUUGCAUAUGCCGCUUCGUUCUUUGUACGAAGCGGAACUGUUUGAAAGAGCAAGUUUCUCUUCGUGUUUGCGCUCUCAUUCGCAACUGUUUUGACUUGAGAAAAGAUAAAAAGACUCGCCAUUCAAGAUGAAUCCUAUGACAAAUAUGAAAAAUGUGAAAAAGCUCUCGGAGCAAGAGCUUAAUUUUGGCAUGAAAACAUCAUGGCAUGACCAAUACAAACACAGUGCUUGGAUUUUUGUUGGAGGUCUACCUUUUGAUCUGACUGAGGGAGACAUCAUCUGUGUUUUUUCGCAAUAUGGUGAGGUGGUGAAUAUUAAUUUGGUACGGGACAAAGGAACAGGCAAGUCUCGUGGUUUCUGUUUCAUCUGUUACGAAGAUCAAAGAAGCACCAAUCUAGCAGUUGAUAAUUUCAAUGGCAUUAAGCUUCUGAACCGAACUAUCAGAGUUGACCACUGUGAAGGCUACAAAGCACCAAAGGAUGACAAAAUGGAUGAGGAAUCUCGUUCACUCCAUGCAGAAGGAUGUGCACCUGGUUCCAAAUAUGGUGAUUUGCCAAAAUUACCAAGCUCCUCAAACUCAAAUGGAGGCCUAGAUAAAGGUUUUAAUCUACCACCAAUGGAGAGUUUGCUCAAAUUAAAAACUGAAAAAGAAGACUCUCCAAAAAAGCAUAAGGACAAAUCAGAGAAAAAAGAGAAAAAUGCUAAGAAAACGAAAGAUAAGAUAAAAAAGUUAUUCAGGAAGAAAAAGAAAGAGGAAAGUUCGUCAAGUAGCAGUUCUUCAGAGAGUAGUUCUGAGUCAGAUGAAGAAACAUCCAGGAAGAAGAGGACAAAGAAGGAAAAAUCAAAGCGGAGGAAAAAUGAGUCAUCAUCUAGUGGUGAAGAAAGUAACUCAAACAUUAGUAAAAGGAAAUUGAAAAAGAAGCAAAGGAAGGAAUCAUCAUCUGAUAGUGACAGUGAUACUGAUGAAAAGCCUCAGGAAAAGAAAAGGGGGAAGCUCAAAAAGAAAUCUGAUAAGAUUAAAUCAUCAGAGAGUGAAGAUGAAGAAGUCAAAAGAACAGAGCACUCCCAUAAAUUUCAUAAAAGUAGUAAAGAUGAAGGUAUUAAUAAGUAUGACCGAGAUUCCAGUAAAUAUAGGCAUGAGCCAUCAGAUAGGUCCACUGAUAAGGAUAGAAAAUUUUCUGGUGAAAAUAACAGAGAGAACCUGAGGCGAUAUGGCGACGAAAGUAAAAGCAGGGAUGAUGGACGACAUGACAGAGAAAGAAGAGAUGACAGAGACCGGAAAGACGAUAGAAAUCGGAAACCAGACCAAGACAGAUGGGAUGAUAGGGGCAGAAGAGAUGACAGGAGUAGAAGAGAUGAUAGGGACAGAAAGUAUUCAGGUGAGAAAAGCCAAGAAGACAGUAGAAGACAGUACGAAAGAAAGGAAAGAGAUAGAAGGUAAGGUGUGCCCAAUGAAAUAGCCGCAUUACUUUUGGUAGGUUUGUAAAUGUAUUGCCAAGUUUCAAUCAGAAAUAACUGAAAUAUUCAAAGUUUUAUAAUCUUAUCAUGUCUUGUUCUUUUAUGAAAAGGGGAUGGGGAGUAAUAAAACAAAUUGAUUAUCAAUUUA